CGGCGCUGCCGUUCCGCAGUGCUGCCGACAUUUCUUAUCGCCUCGAAAACCCGCCUAGGGGAAACUCUCCCCUCGUCGCGCAAGGGAAGACCGGCUGGACGAUACGCGCCCGUCGUAAGUGCGUGGUGGGUUGGAGGGUGGGAGGGAGAUCGCGGGAUCUCCGUUGAGGCGCGAGGUGAACCGAAACGAACCGAAUCUCGCGUACGCUUGGCGCGAAAUCCCGCCGUCGUCUCCGCGAAAACUCGCCGAAGGGCGCCGGUUCGUUGGCAGGAGAGAGCAGCGGGGCAAAGGGCAAGGAAGACGAGUGCGAGCGAUCAGUUUGGCGCGGCCGUGCGCACUCGAGCCGAGGGUCAGCGCAACGCGCCGACGACGGUAACAUAGAGACGCUCGCGUCGCCGACGUCGACGACAACAACGACGACGAGAGCGAGCGAGAGGCCCGCUCCGGUGCGCGACCACACCGCGCGUAGUCCGCAAGCGGGAAGUGAAAAGAGCCGUGCGUGCAUGCGUGCGUAAAGUUCGCGUUCACGUACGCGCACGCAGUACGUGCGCCGCCGCAUAAGACGAGUUCUCUUCUUCGGGGCCCGUUGAUUCGUACUUGGGCGAGCCGUGCGCGCGCGACAGAGAGAGAGAAAGAGAAACAGCACGAAGGUAGGGACGGCGCUGGACGUGGUGGUGGGGGGAAGGACGGAGGGGCAAGGGAAGGUGACGAUAAAGAGCGAGAGAGAGGGCGAUACUCGUGGCGCGUUCGAAACGAAGCGCAUCGUCGCUCGGCUCGCAGAGAGGAAGCGACCGAAGUUCGAAGCGGACCGACGUGCGCGAGCGGCCCAACUUUCGACGGACGCGAAGCAAUUCGCGAAACGGACAAUCCAGGACGCGUCGCCGCCACCGUCGUCGCCGCUCGUCGCGCUCGUUGCCGGAGUUGGUCCGCGAACGGAUUCGCAACGCGAGCGUGUGAACUCUCUCGCCGUCUAGUUGUGUCGCGUCCUCGUUCGCUCCCGCCUGACGUAUCGGGAUAACACAGAGCGAAGAGAGCGAGAGAGAGAGAGAGAGCGAGGUUGCCGCCGCCGCCACAGUUGCUGCUGCUGUGAUUCUCGAGGACCAGGUCGUGGGCGAAGAAGAACCACCUGCCGCGUAGAGAGGAUGGAGAUCCCGAAGGCCAUGCAGGAGGAAAUCAACUCCACGCAAAACAAACUGGGGAAAGCGAUAUUAGAGCAUCAGAAGUGCAUGGGGAUGCUGAAAGAAGAUCCGAAUAACUCCGACAUUCGCAAGCAGAAGGAGCAGAUUCAGUUGCAUAUUCUUUCCUUGGGGAAAAUCCAGAAGCAGAUCGUGGAGCGUCUGCGCAAAACGGUGCAGAACGAUGCGGCGGACAACGCGAACGGGUCGAAAGUUUCCAUAAAGUUUCCAUCUCUCUGGGGUUUGAACAACAACAAUCAUAUCACGAAUAACAACGAGACGAAACAUGAAACGGUCGCCAACGGUUUCGAGACGAAACCUUCGAAGGAGGACUACGAGGAGGUCGUUGCGAACGGCGAUGUUCCAUCACCGUUGCAACAUAACAAUUGUACAAAACGAAGCCCUAACUUGGUGGUAACUGUCUCCGGUGAAGAUGACAUCGUCGAGGUGCCAAUGGACGAAAAUUCGAACAAGAAACAAGAUGAGAUGGAGGAGGAAAAUGAGGAGAAGGUGAAGGAGAAGCUUAAGAAAAUACUCCUGUCUUAUCUUGAACUUAUGACCACGCAGGAAGCUUUAGAACUCCAGAACAAGAAAGCGGAGAGGAAGCGUCGCAGCACGGCGAAUCCACAGUUCGUGUAUUCCAUGAUGGAACAACCGGCUAAGCGGCAGAAAAGGGUCUCCUACUUGCAAUCCGGAAAUGCGCCUCACACCCGGCAGACGACUGCCCGUAUGAACGGCCCGUCGCCGCCGCCAUCUAGCAAAGCUCAAGCAACCAAAUCUACCUCGCUACAAGCUCGCGCGAACACGAAGUCGCUGAUCCCGGUUCAAAAGUCCAGUACUAGGCCGAAUAUUCUCAGAAACGCGGAUAGCAAAGUAUUCGCGAGCAAGAACAAAGUCGACGACAAGCAGACGCAGUCAUCCGUGACCAGUGCCAAAACCGUUCAGAUAGGCGGCAAGACUGUCCACUUGCCGGCAUUGCCGUCUAGCUUAACCAUCGAAAGAAUCGAUAAUGACUCCGUCUUAUCUCCUGUAUGUCUCUCUUGUAGGAACAAAACUCCAGGUCCGUUAACAGUAUGCGAGAUUUGCUCAUGGAGCUAUCACGUCACUUGCCAUACCAUGCCGGCUCCACCCAACACGUGUCCAAAAUGUACAAUGGUAAUGGAAUUAAAGAAGAAUGUGCAAAAGGAAGAGGAAGCUGAGGGUGGGGAGCGGAUGGAUGGGGAGAAACCGCUCGAAGGUGACAAGCUCGUUGCAACAACGCUUGCGUCAGGAGCUAUUGGGAAAGCAAGAGAAGACUCAGAGAUCUAUAAAGCGUCUGGUGGACUUCAUAAAGCUGAUGCAAGUGAGAAAAAGCGAGUCCUCUCCUCCACCCUCGGCAUCAAUCAGCUCCCCGCCUCGACCUUCCUUAUCCCAAUCACCUCCGACAACAGCUCGGACGUCGAGCAAUCCGAGGACAGGAAGCUUAGCUCAGCCACCGAUAACGAGCAACGACAAGACGUCGUCGCAGCACGUAACCCCGUCGUUCUCAGCCAGCCUCAGCGAUCGGGCGUUACCUACGUCCAAGCCGAGGAACAAGUGUCCUACUCCUACCAGCUGCCAGACGCCCAGCCUGAAAAGCACCAAUCAUACCUCAUCGUCAAAAAAAUCACCGAGCCAAGUAGAAGGGCCGAUCAGCCUACUGGCGAUCAAACCGACGACCAAAGCCAUUCUGCAGUUGUCAACUAUCAAUUGCCGGCCACGUCCGGCUGCAGCUCUUCCCUCGAGGCCGGCAUCGUCGUCGCCCACUCCCUGCUCUUCGGCCGUAACAACCGUAAGAGGAAGACCGCCCGCGCAAUCCCAGCACUCCACCGCAUUAUCAGCUCGGAAGGGCUUCUCCCCGUCAGCCCGGGCGACUAUCAGCUGGAGCGAGCGACCCACAACGGCAGGAAGCCCUGGGCCAAGCUCUCGCGCAAUAAACUCUGCGUCAGUCAGCAGUCAGCCGGCCGACCCGCUACAGAAACUCUAUUCCCAUCCUACAGCGACUGCAUCGUCGAGAGUAGCGUCGACGAGCACCUUGAAAUCGCAGGGCCCACCAUCGGCGGAUCAGCAGAGGAGAGCGCGAGCUUCGAUAGCCGUGCUGGGAAGCACAGGCCGGCAAGAGCCGUCGUCCACUCACUGUUCUCAGGCAAUAACCGGCCCUAUAUCGUCUCCGAUCGUGCGCGCGAGCCACGAGGUUUCGGCGCAAACGAGCGAGACUGCCCACUCCUGCGGCAACAGCUCUGCCGUCUGGAGCAGCUGGAGCAGUCGCGCGAGCCAGGCCGCUCAGCAGCAACAGUCCAGCUCCAGCGGCGCGCCCUCACGAGGUUCUUCGAGCACGUGAAAUUGGAAGAAGCGCAUAUACCAGCGCCACUUAGAACAGAGCUAGUACACAAGAGCAAGGUCGCGCUGGAGGAGAGGGAGCUCGGCGAGGACGUCGGGAGCCGGCGGAAGGGCGCACGACGCUACGACGGUGCCGACGGUGCCGGCGCUGCACUGUUGACGUCGUCCUCGAACUCCGACGAGGACUCGCUCGACGAGGGAACGCGGCGAGGUCGCGAGGCCGCGAACGGCGUCGCCGUCUCGAGGGACCCCCGCGAGAAAACCGUCGCGAACUGGUCGCCCCUCUGCCCUUCCCCGAGCGCGUCGUCGUUGGCGAUCGCCAGCGAGCACGUCAAGUCGUCCACGCUAUUUUUCCAAUCGGCGUCGCGCGACAACAAACAGAGGGACGACGACGACGGGGCGCUACGUAUCGCACAAAGCAAUCUUUCGGAGCUUCUUAACGAGGUCUCAGUUCCUGACGAUAAGGCUGACACCGAGAGACAAGACUUACCCAGUGGCGGCAGGCCGUCGAGUAGGAGCAGCAUCAGCAGCAGCGGUGGCGGCAGCAGCAGCAACAGCAGCAGCGGCAACAACGGCAGCAGCAGCAGUGGUCACAGCGACACCCCGGAGCAAGCGAUGAACAGCGUCAACGAGCUCGCGUCCUCCCACAUCUCCAAGGAGAUGCGCGAGCUUCUGAACGAUAAUCCCACCUCUCCGGGAGAGGAGGAGCUGGUGCGUUACGUGUCGGCGAUGCACGGGAGUGAUGACGACGACGUCGUCGACGACGAGGAUGACGACGAAGAAGAAGACGAGGACGACGACAAUGCCGUCACUGGUUAGAUAUAGUUAGGCUAGUUACACAUUGACACUGACGUUGGCUUUGUCGAACCUGCGCGCUCAUCGUGACUCCCGCUCAGAGAUCCGCGUGUGCGCGUUCGGACUGAGCGACGCGCGAAUCCAAUCCUUGUAAUAUCCUAUAGCAAUUAUGUAUAUCAGUAUACGAGAUCGCGUCGUAUCCUAGAGGUAUUUUACAACGACAGUUGUCCCCCCGUUGUCGGGGGCACGUGAGUUUUCAGAAGCGGCACGAUCACCACCCACGCCUCCCGAUGCACCGUGGCCUAUACGUACGACGUAACGGAGAAGACGGCGUCGCCGGUCGUUACGGAAUUUCGUCGGUCUCCGAUUAGAAAACUAAAAAGAAAGAAAAAAAGAGUCCCGCGUGCGACAUUUCUACCCUGUAAAAGUAUUAAAAAAACAUUGUAUACAUAUGUAAGGAGACGCGUCGCGAAUGUUCUUCCCCGUGAGAAUUAAUAUUCUUCGUUCACAGUUGUGUUGUAUGCUGACGUUGAAAUCGUCCGAAAAAGCGAUAUCACAAGUGACUCUCAUUGUAAAUUUUGGACACACGAUGCUUGUUUGCGAUACGACGCUGAAGCCGAUCGUUGCUUCCGACUCGGACGGAAGAUUCGCGCGUAUAUAAGUGUGCAUGAGCUCAUCGGCAUAUGUAUGGUCAGUCGCGAAAAGGUUGCCGCACGGGAGAAAAAUUAGUCUUAAAUCAAGAAUAGAUGUUCUCAUGUACAAGCAAGAAUAUUAUGAUUAUUAUGAUCUUCUUAGAAGAUUUUUAGUCUCGAAUUGAGUUCAAGUGAUACUUGCAUAUAAAUUCAAUGAAAUCAAGACUAAAAGUCUUCUAAGAAGAUUAUGAUAUUCUUACUUGUAUAUGAGAAUAUCUAUUCUCGAUUUGAGACUAAUUUUUUUCGGUGCACCCUUUUCCCCGGUGAGUUUCGCAACUCGUACCUCGUAUCCGGUGGAAAAAUAUAUCCCCUGAGAAUUGUUAAAGAACAAAUUGUCCUAUUGGACACCGGAUGCGUUCUGAAACUUAUCGAGGGAAAGGUGUUGCAACCUUUUUGCGACUGCACAAAAAAGAAAUAGUCUUAAAUCAUAAGAAUAGUCUUAAAUCAAGAAUAUAUAUUCUCAUAUAUAUAUAAGCAAGAAUAUUGCAGCAUUCUUGGGGAGAUUUUUGGUCUUGAAUUCAGGCAAUACUUGCACAUCAAUACAAAUUCAAUCAAAUUCUUAGUAGAUUGAAAAUCUGCUAAGAAGACUAUAGUAUUCUUGCUUGUAUGCGAGAAUAUUCUUGAUUUGUAAAGCUAAUGUUUUAUUUUCUGCGUGGUCAUACCUGCAGUUCGUUUCGUUUGCCGCUUAAACGUCCGCACGUCCGGCGUCGUGUGUAUCGCGACACUCGUGAUUCUGCGGCCCGGACAAGGCACAGCGCUCGUCCGGAGAGACGUCGCUUGGUUACGUUGAUGAAAAAGAAGAAGAGAAAAGCGGACACGGGAGGAAGCCUAACUACUACGUAAAUCGAGUCACAUUACCAUACUGCCUUAAUAGUAAAGUAAAAGUGGUACUUUUUAAACCAGCAAUAUAUCGGCAAGUGAGAGAGGGAUCGUAUUCUAUCCCGAUUGCGAACGCGCGACGACCGACAUCCGUUGUCGAUCUCCGACCGCGGAGGAACAAUACGACUAAUCAAAUCUCGUUACCAUAAUCGAAAGCGUAGACAUUAAGGGCGUCGUUGUUGUCCGGCGCAGUUCCGUAAAGCGACGCGACACCGAAAGCGAAACCGAUCGUCCUGCUUCCCGCGAAAGAGUUAUUACCCGCUCGAGUUUGCGAUUCGAGUUAUGAUGAGAUCCUCCGGAUUUGUGUGGCGCGACACGUGUGCACGGAGAAAUCGCUCGAAUCGAGGCACGUCCAGGUCACACAUACACACACACACACACGUGCGCGCGUUUGAUCGUGGACACAGCGAUCUCCGGUUUUAGACACGACGGCGACGCAGCCCCCUUUGUUUUCAACUUUGCGAUCGUUCUCGUUUUCCCUCUCGCAAGUCUCUCCUUCUCCUUUCGCACGUGCAUGCGCUUUACGCAAAUCCGCCUGGACGGGCUUUCAGAGAAUUUCCGCGUUUCGUUUUCGUUCGGCGAAGAAAACGCCAAAGGGCGGUUUCCCGUCGAUUUUUAUAUUCGAUUCUCGUAAUUCCGUUCUCGCCCGACGGAGUCUCCGUCGCUGCGGGUCUCCCACUCGCCCGCAGCGAGACGAACAACGUGCGUUGUUCGACCGAGAGAGACGAUCACUUCGCGAUAACGUUGCGACGGUGUAUUACAUCCGAAAUACGCCGAAAUACGCUGUCACUUUUCUCUCAUAUUCAGCUGCGCGAGUGAGUCAGUUUGUCUAAUUUAUUUCGCGUUUAAUAUUAUACUUUCUUUCGGCCGGCAUCCCCCUUACCACCGGCACCCGCCCGACGUUCACACUUAACUAGCGUAUAUACAAUUAAGGGAGAAAAGUUGUUAUUGCAAUGUAGGCAACGAUAUUGAGAUCGAAAUUCGUAUUUUUUAUGGAAUAAAGCUACUUG